UUAAACACAAGAUGUAUUAAGUUUUGAUCUCAUCCGUUUUGUUGCCACAUAUGCAAAAGUGUGUGUAUAUACAUUGUACGAGGCCAAAGUUUAGACAAUUAUGUCAAACGAAAUUAUUGAAAUUCCGAAUAAACGAAUAAUGACGACAUGUACCAAUGUGUCAGAGCAGGCACAUCAUGUAUCAAGAGCAAAACGUGGACAAGCUGUCGGAAGUGUUAGAGGCUUUCGAGGGUGUACAGUUUGGUUAACAGGUCUUUCUGGAGCAGGAAAAACUUCUAUAGCUUUUCAAGUCGAAGCUAUUUUAGUUAAUCAUGGAAUUGCAGCUUAUGGACUUGAUGGAGAUAAUGUAAGAAGUGGUUUAAACUGCAACCUUGGUUUCAGCAAAGAAGAUAGGAAAGAAAAUAUAAGGAGAGUCGCAGAAGUAGCUAAAUUAUUUGCCGAUAGCGGUCAAGUUUGUUUAUGUAGUUUUGUAUCACCAUUUGAGGAAGACAGACAAAUGGCACGACAAAUUCAUAAAAUGUCAGAUCUUCCAUUUUUCGAGAUUUUUGUAGAUACACCUCUUAAUGUGUGCGAAGCUAGGGACACAAAAGGAUUGUACAAGAAAGCACGUCAAGGGGCUAUUAAAGGCUUUACUGGAAUAGAUCAAAUGUACGAGAGGCCAUUAAAUCCCGAUUUAAUAGUAACCACUGAAAACUGUACCCCAGAAGAAUCAGCUGCGACCGUUAUUGAUCUUCUGGAGAAACAGUGUAUUAUUCCAAUACUUCAAAAGUCCACAGUAUCAAUACGGGAGUUGUUCGUUCCAGACUCACGAAUAUCUUCUGUCAAAGAAGAAGCUUCUAUGCUUCAAAGUUUAGAGAUUAGUGAAAUAGAUGUACAAUGGAUCCAAGUUUUAGCAGAAGGUUGGGCCGCACCUCUCACAGGUUUUAUGAGAGAAGAUCAAUACCUUCAGGCUCAACAUUUGAAAUGUCUUGUUGAGGGUGAUAAGGAAAUUAAUCAAUCCAUUCCAAUAGUUCUUGCAAUAAAUACAGAGGACAAGGAACGUUUGGAUGGGCUUUCAGCGUUUACAUUGAAAUAUAAGAAUAAGGCUCUUGGAAUAUUACGCAGGCCGGAGUUUUAUAUUCACAGAAAAGAAGAGAGAUGUGGAUGGCAAUUUGGUACUAACAAUUUAGGCCACCCGUAUGUAAAAAUGAUUUAUGAAUCUGGAGAUUGGUUGGUGGGCGGUGACAUAGAGGUUCUUAGAAGAAUUAGGUGGCACGAUGGUUUGGAUAAAUAUAGACUCACGCCAAAUGAAAUCCGGGCGAAAUGUAAAAAAAUGAAAGCUGACGCUGUGUUUGCAUUUCAACUUAGAAAUCCUAUACAUAAUGGUCAUGCGUUGUUAAUGCAAGACACGAAAAAACGCUUAUUAGAAGAAAGAGGAUUUAAGAAUCCUGUAUUACUUUUACAUCCGCUAGGUGGAUGGACUAAGAACGAUGAUGUACCAUUACAUACAAGAAUUCUUCAGCACGAAGCUGUACUUAGGGAAGGUGUAUUAGACGCGAAAUCUACGUUAUUAGCAAUUUUUCCAAGUCCAAUGAUGUAUGCUGGACCAGUUGAGGUACAGUGGCAUGCAAAGGCCAGAAUGAAUGCAGGAGCUAACUUCUACAUUGUUGGACGAGAUCCAGCUGGGAUACCACAUCCUGAUAAGAGUUUAGUUCCUGAUGGGAAUCUAUAUGAUCCGACUCAUGGAGCUCGAGUUCUUUCAAUAGCCCGAGGUUUACAAAGUCUAGAAAUUAUACCGUUUAAAGUUGCGGCAUAUGAUAAGAAACACAGAAGAAUGUCUUUCUUUGAUUCAGCACGGAAGGAAGACUUUGAGUUUAUAUCAGGAACAAAAAUGCGUGGCUUAGCAAAAGCAGGUGAAAAUCCACCUGACGGAUUUAUGUCGCCUAAAGCGUGGCUUGUUCUAGCAAAAUACUAUCGAAAUUUAGAAAAGUAA